AUGUCGGUGGCGCUAUUCGCCGUGAUCGAGAAGCGCUUCCGUGCGCGCCCACCUCCUCCGGUAUGCCUUCCGACGCCGCCGGCCACUCCACCCUCGUCGGACACUGGUGGCGCCCUCUGUAGUGACGUCAGCUCCAACAGCUCGAACGGCACCAACAACUCGCGGUGCACGUACGCCACGUACCGGUACUACCGGCGAACCGCCGCCGAUCAGCAGAAGCAUCAGAAGCGUCACCGCAUGUCCUCGUCCAGUCCGAAAACGCCAGGAACAGGAACAGGGACGAAACCGUACCGGGAGUUCCGGAUCAUGGCGUCCAGCUCACCGUCGGCGUCCUCCUCGACCUCGUCCAUCUCGUCGAGCGUGGUCCCUGGUGGAGCGGCGUUGACCUCGGUUCGGCUUCAGCGCCGGCGCCGGAAGAAGAAGCGCGUGCUGCAACCGGCGGCCAAGGUCGAACCGGAAGUGGCCGGGGGAAGCUCCCGGGGGUCGAAGAAGGUCACGAGGAAUGUAGCACGGGAAGAGGAGGAGGAGGAGGACGAGCGGGAUACAACGAACGAUGAGGACGGUUCCGACGAUGAGGACGAGGACUUCGAGUUUGACGAGACUGAUCAGUGUCGCCGGUUGGCGGCCGCCAGCAACGGGAAUGGAGCGGAGGAACCGAUAUCGAUGCCAUGGUUCGGCAUGGACAUCGGGGGCACCCUCACGAAGCUGGUGUACUUCGAGCCGAAGGACAUCACGCCGGGCGAGCUGGACCAGGAGGCGCGCAUCCUGCGCAACAUCCGGCGCUAUCUGACGAAGCACUCGGCCUACGGCGAUACCGGCCACCGCGACACCCACCUGCAGAUGGACGACGUGGAGAUCCGGGGCCGGCGGGGGUCGCUGCACUUUAUUCGCUUUCCGACGGCCGAGAUGGACAAGUUUCUGGCGCUGGCCAAGCGGAAAGGGAUGGCCCAGCUGGUGACGACGGUGUGCGCCACGGGCGGGGGUGCGUUCAAGUUCGAGGACAACUUUCGGCACGAGGUCAACAUGAAGCUGGCCAAGUUCGACGAGCUGGACGCGCUCAUCAAGGGAAUUCUGUUCACCGAGACGCACAACUCGUGUGAGUGCUACUACUGGGAGAAUGCUAGUGAUAUUAGUUUAAGUACAAAGAAAAAGUUUGACUUUAGUCAACCGUACCCGUUCAUCCUGGUGAACGUGGGCUCGGGAGUGUCGGUGCUGGCCGUGCGCGGUCCGGACAACUACAAGCGCAUUUCCGGCACGAGUUUGGGCGGCGGAACCUUCCUGGGGCUGUGCUGUCUGCUGACGGGGUGCGAAACGUUCGAGGAGGCCAUCCAGCUGGCCACCCGCGGGGACCACAAGCGGGUCGACAAGCUGGUGAAGGACAUCUACGGUGGGGACUACGAGCGGUUCGGGCUGCCGGGGGAUCUGGUUGCGUCGAGCUUUGGCCAAAUGAACCUGUUGGAGCGGAGGGCAAGCGUAUCGCGGGAAGAUCUGGCGAAUGCCACGCUCGUUACGAUCACGAACAAUAUCGGUUCGAUUGCGCGGAUGUGCGCUAGCAACGAGAAAAUCGAUCGGGUGGUCUUCGUGGGAAACUUCCUGCGCGUGAAUCCCAUCUCGAUGAAGCUGCUCGCGUACGCAAUGGACUACUGGUCCAAGGGCACGCUGAAGGCGCUGUUCCUCGAGCACGAGGGCUACUUCGGUGCGGUGGGCUGCCUGCUGCAGUUCAACGGCGAACUCAACACCCAUCUCCACAACGAGGGCGAACUGCUGCCUUAAACGGUUGGAUUGUGGUUUCAGUUAGGCACGUGAGGGUUUGUUUCUGGUUUUGUAUUUGUUUUCUUGAUUGCACACAAAACGAUGCACACAAACACACAUACACAAACAGGCACGCAUAAAUUUACGAGUUAAUAUGCUAGAAAUCAAGUGAAAAUUAUAUACAACUUAUUAAAACAAAAAAGAAUAACAAAUCACAUUCGGUAGCGUGUAAGGCAAGCAACUUGCAGGAAAGAAUCCUUACUAGGGUAAUGCAAUUGAACAGAACUGUGCGUUGAGAGAGAAAGAUGAGAGAGUGCUAGAGAAUGUUAUAUCAUGAAUGUGAAGUUAAACAUAUUCAAAUGUGAAUCAAAAAUGGUCCAGACAAAUUUUGGUCGUUUUUUCCCCUCUUUACUUCUGCUAGGCUAUUUAUAGUAAGAUAGUGUCGUUUUUAUGUUUAAAACCUACUUUUUAAAAUAAAUCAAACUGUUUCGGUUUUCGAAAUCGAUUUAUUUGUUUCUUUUUUAGAUAGUGCUAGUAGCGUUGGCAACAGGGAAAUCGUAGAGCCGUGAGAGAUAGCUGGUUUUGUUUCAAACUUUAUCAAAUUUCCACUAGCGUUAGAAGUGCGUAUGUUAACAUUCUAAAAAUAUAUAAGUGACAAAUUUUCAAAUCCCCUUGAGUAAGACAAAUUGUGAAAUAAUUAUUUAUCUGAUCUUUAUCGUUUACUGUUCUUUUUUUUUUUUUGUUGCGGUGUAGGAUAAACUAUCAGUUACUGUUACCAAAAUAUACCCUACGACACUAAAUACAAUCAAACUGAAUUGAAGGCAACUUAUCCCAAGAGCAAACAAAACAAAAACACACAAAUCUUGACCUAUCCAAAGCUAUCAAUAAAUAUCAUGCAUUUUGAAUUUAAAACAGCUUUGAAUAUCGCUUUUCUGGGAUUUUGCUUUGCGAGAAUUCAAUUCGCGUUGAUUCAUCAUACACACAGACACAAAUACAAGCACGUUCAGAUUUUGCGGUGAGGCCGUUGUACAAACUUUAAUUUUUCGCAAUAGACAUGAAUUGUAGAGAAGAGGUUUGUUUGUGCGCAUUCUUUGCAUUUUUAAUUUCAACCAGCGAAAAAAAACUUUUGGAAAAUAUAUUAAAUGCAUAUUAUGGUAUAAA